ACUUCACCUCAGCGACUCUCCUCCGAGCAGAAGAUCAUGCUGAUGCUGAUGAUUGGAAUGAAUGAUCCUUAAUAAAGAAGAAACAUGAUCCGGAUAGCUGCUCUGAAUGCGGCGUCUCAGGCUGCGGAUGAGCAUGAAGACGCCGUCAGAAGCACUAAACCCAGUCAAACAAAGGAAGCCCAGGAGGCAGAAGCGUUUGCUCUGUAUCAUAAAGCUCUUGAUCUGCAGAAACAUGACAAGUUUGACGAGUCUGCCAAAGCCUACCAUGAGCUCCUCAAGACCCCACUGCUCAAGGAGGCAGUGGCAUCUGAAGAUGAGAAAGUUGGACUCAAGCAUCCUGGACUGAUGCUGAAGUACUCCACCUAUAAAAACCUGGCCAGUCUUGCUGUGCUCAGAGAUGAUUUCGACACUGCCAUGGACUUCUAUGUGCAGGCUGUCAUGCUGGACUCCACAGAUGUGAGUAUGUGGUAUAAGAUGGGAAAGUUGGCUUUGAGGAAGGCCAGCAUGCCUUUGGCCCGCCAUGCGUUUGAGGUGGGCUUACGCUGUAACCCGGACCACUGGCCCUGCCUAGACAGUCUCAUCACGGUCCUCUACGCUCUCAGUGACUACAGCUGUUGCCUGUACAACAUCUGUAAGGCUCUGGAGAAGGACACCGGCUACAGUAAGGGGCGAGUGCUCAAAGAGAAGAUCUUUGAAGAGCAGCCCUGCCUCAGACGAGACUCUAUGAAGAUGUUCUCCAAACUUGAUGUGUCAGUGCAGUACGUGGAUGUUGAUGAGGAGGAAGCCAACAGCAUUGUAGAGGAAGCGCUGGAGCUGAGGAGACAGAGACAGGCUAAACUCACACGGCAUCCUGUAGCUGACCUGCAGCUGGUUCUGCCCAUCAAAUACUUCACGUGGAAGAGCGUUGGGGAGAGUUUCUUGGCCAUGUACAAACACCAGAAUGCUUGCCUGGUCCCACGGCCUGACUUCGGCCGCCGCAUCGACCUGUCAAUGUACCGUGACCCGGACUGCCUCGUGCAAAUGCCCACCAGCACUCCAGCGCCUGCCACUGCUGCUUCAGACCCCCCUCAACCCCCCAUACCUGUCAGUGUACCUCAGGCCCCCCCUGCCCCUCCUCCAGGUCCCAGUAGCCCGAGUGCCAGUCUGCACCCAUCCACCGAGUUCUUUGUCCAGCUGCAGGCCCCGCCCAGCACUGAUGCAGGAGCGCUGCAGAACCAGAACGUCAUUGAGAUCACCACUACACCCACAGUCACUACUACUGCUGCCAAUGGAACUGAGGAUGCCGCCGUUACCACAGUUACUACUGCUGCUCUGGACGCUGCCUUGAAUGACAAAGUGAAAAAAGGCACUAAGAGAAAACGUGUGGUAGAGGACACCGUAGAGACGGCGAAGAGGCGCUCAGCACGUGUCCGCAACACCAGAUGCAAGAAAGAAGAGAAGAUUGACUUCCAAGAACUCCUGCUCAAAUUCCUCCCCUCUAGAUUGAAAAAGUUUGAAGAUGAUGAAGAUGAGGAGAGUCUCAGUAACAUGGGCUCACAGUGUGACAGCAAACUUGACUCCCAGUCGAACCGCGGAUCCAACUCCUCCGAGUACAUCGUCUCUAUGGAGACAGAGCGGAAGGACGUUCACGCGUUCCUGUUGGCGAACAUGCAGAACGGCGGCAUCCUGGAGCUGAUGAUGCGGUAUCUGAAGGUGGUGGGGCAGAAGUUUCUGGAGGAGUGGCCAGCGGGCCUCAGCACAGUGGUGCUGGAUCUGUUCAACUGCUGGAGGAAACACAGCGCUGGCCUGCCCAAUCCACUGCUCAGAGAUUCCAGCAACCAGCACAUAAAGGAAAUGAUGCUGAUGUGUCUCUGCUGUCUGGAGCUACAGUUGGAGCAGAAGUCCAUGAUGAAGGGCAAGAACAUGUCUCAGAGGAAGACCAUGUCUGGCUCAGGAAGGGAUUUUGGGGACGUUGAUGGUCCAGAGACCCGCUUUCAGACAGAUAUAUUCCUUCUGACCAUGGCCUCCUCUCAGAGAGAUCUGUUUGAAGACGAUUGGCUCUCUUUUGCCAUCAGAGUUCACUGGCUCAAGGCACGAUACCUUGCCUUUCAGGGUGACAUGGAAGAGGCGCUGGAGUGUUACGACAUGUGUGUCGGUCUGCUGAAAGGUCAGACAAGUCAGAUGGAAAAAAUCACCGUCCUCCUGCCUAACCUUAGCGUGGACAAUGCCAUCUCUAUAGAGGAGGUACAAUACAAAAGAAAUCGAUCUCUCAAGAUACUCUCCCUGCUGCGGCUGAAAGACUACAGCUCCUGCCUCGAGACAUCUGAAGUGUCUCUCAAUGAGGCCAUACAGCACUUGAACUCUGGAUUACCCAGCAGCCCCUCUGCCAAGGAGGAGUGGGUGUCCACUGUCACGGCCCUGCUGAAGGGCGUCGAAAGCUGCAUCACUGAAAAACCUGAGCUGCUCAGUCACACCCCACGACCCGCAAACCUACCGCGCCUCGCCAACAACCUCAUACAGUUGAUAGCCAACAGCAUGGUCUUACCUGAUGACCCCAAAGAGGCUCAUUUUUCAUCGCUGUUGCCAUGGAUUCUGCUGUACCGCCUCAUCAAACAGGAAGAGGCAGCCUUUGACUGCAUGCUGCGGCAGCACAUCGCAGAUGAGGAUGAUGAUGGUGAGGAUGAUACUCCGUUGCUGCCCUCCUCCCUCAUGCUUCUGAACACAGCGCAUGAAUACCUGGGCCGUCGCUGCUGGUGCUGCAACUCUGAUGGCACUUUACUCAAAUUUUUUGUGCGUGUAUUGCGGGAGAAGCUCGCAGGACAUGAGAAUCUGCCAUAUAAAGAAGAUCUGGAGACGGCACUUGAGCAGUGUUUCUUCUGCCUGUAUGCUUACCCAAGCAAGAAGAGCAAAGCCCGAUACCUGGAGGAGCAUUCUGCCCCACAGGUGGAGCUUCAUUGGGAUGAUGCCGUCUUUAUGUUUGAAUACUUUAAACCCAAGACCUUGCCAGAGUUUGACAGCUAUAAGACCAGCACUGUCUCUGCUGACGUUGCCAACCUGCUUAAAAGGCUUUCUGGAAUAAUCCCACGUAGCAAUGGCCCCACGCUCUCUGUAGAUGACGUGUCUGCCUAUAUCGAAGGAGGUGUUCUGAAGGUGCCAGCGCUUCCAGAAGGAGCUUCCCCGGCACCCCCUGUGGUUAACGAGCUGUACUACCUGCUAGCGGACUACCACUUCAAAAACAAAGAGCAGUCGAAAGCCAUCAAGUUCUACAUGCACGACAUCUGCAUGUGUCCCAACAGGUUUGAUUCGUGGGCAGGCAUGGCACUGGCACGCGCCAGUCGCAUCCAGGACAAGCUGAACUCCAAUGAGCUCAGGAGUGACGGACCCAUCUGGAAAAACUCUCUGGCUGUGCUGACCUGUUUCAAACGGGCUCUGGAGAUAGACAGCUCCAACCUCUCCCUAUGGAUCGAGUAUGGUACCAUGUCCUAUGCCUUUCACUCCUUCGCUUCCAGACAGCUCAAACAAUGGAAACACGAACUUCCUCCUGACUUGAUCAAACAGAUGGAAGAGCGCAGAGACUCGAUGUUGGAGACGGCGUCGCAGUGUUUUCAGAGCGCCUCUCGCUGUGACGGCGAUGAGGAGGAGUGGCUCAUUCACUACAUGCUGGGGAAGAUUGCUGAGAAGCGCAAACGGCCGCCCAAAGACUACCUGCAGCUGUACAAAAUGGUGCCAGCGCUUCCAGAAGGAGCUUCCCCGGCACCCCCUGUGGUUAACGAGCUGUACUACCUGCUAGCGGACUACCACUUCAAAAACAAAGAGCAGUCGAAAGCCAUCAAGUUCUACAUGCACGACAUCUGCAUGUGUCCCAACAGGUUUGAUUCGUGGGCAGGCAUGGCACUGGCACGCGCCAGUCGCAUCCAGGACAAGCUGAACUCCAAUGAGCUCAGGAGUGACGGACCCAUCUGGAAAAACUCUCUGGCUGUGCUGACCUGUUUCAAACGGGCUCUGGAGAUAGACAGCUCCAACCUCUCCCUAUGGAUCGAGUAUGGUACCAUGUCCUAUGCCUUUCACUCCUUCGCUUCCAGACAGCUCAAACAAUGGAAACACGAACUUCCUCCUGACUUGAUCAAACAGAUGGAAGAGCGCAGAGACUCGAUGUUGGAGACGGCGUCGCAGUGUUUUCAGAGCGCCUCUCGCUGUGACGGCGAUGAGGAGGAGUGGCUCAUUCACUACAUGCUGGGGAAGAUUGCUGAGAAGCGCAAACGGCCGCCCAAAGACUACCUGCAGCUGUACAAAAUGUCUGCACACUACCUGCAUGAGGAGGCAGCCAGAUACCCACGCAAAAUCCACUACCACAACCCACCGGACCUCGCCAUGGAGGCCUUAGAGCUGUUUUUCCGCCUGAGCGCCACCAUUCUGAAGUUGCUGGAGAAUGAGGAAGAUGAUGGUGAACAGUCUGAGCAGCAAAUGAAGCUUCUGGAUUAUGAGCUGUUCUUCAACAUGCUCGCCGAAGCUGCCGUCGGACCCUUUGCACGCGGAGAGGAGAAGACCACGGCCAAAAACAGCAAUAACAAGGAAAAGCUUCCAUCCAUUAAUGAUGAAGACUCCCGCUCCUCGGCUGGCGUGAGUACCUGUCCGCAAGCGUUGACCACCUCAUCUGUCACAUCUGUGGUGGCUCCAACAACUUCUUUGCCUGGCGACGGUGCGGCAGGUGCGAGUUCUCCCCCGUACGUGGUCACUCCGGUCGACCAUGAUUACGUCAAACGUAAAAGCCUGCAGCAGAGGCACAGGCAGGGGCAGGAUCAGGACAGCAUUGCUGGCAUGUCGGACUCCAGCUCCUUGCAGGAUGUCUUCAUGGACGCCACCAGCUCACAGGACAGCAGCCACAAGGUCGAUUCUGAGAAGUGUAGUAUUUUUCCGGAAGAAUCAAAUGCCACUGGAAAAGAGAAACCGGCCACAUCAGAGGAUGCAGGCCCCUUGGAGGACAAGAACAUGGAUAUCAGCUCUGCCACACUCUCUCAAGAAUCUUCAGUCACACAAGAGUCUUCAGACACCACCUUAUCCAUCACCUCCCCUGAGGCCUCCGUCCCCAAAACCCCUACCACAGACACCCCUACCCAAGCUCCACCUCUGCCACUGCACUCCGCCCAACCACACAGACCCCACCCCCAGACCAGCUCCUCCAGUGAGUGCAAGCGCAGGCCAGAGCCGCCGCCUCCGCUGGAGGUGAUAGAGUUGCCUAAGUGUCUUCCGCCGGGAUGGAGAGAGCAGAGGAAAACGCUAGUGGAAGUGUGUGUGAGGUCUCUCUUCCUGUGUCUGAGUCGCUACCCGCAACACUACAAGAGUCUCUAUCGUCUGGCCCACCUGUACUCCUACAGCAAGAAACACAAGAACCUGCAAUGGGCACGAGACGUGUUGCUAGGGAGCAGUGUCCCAUGGCAACAGCUGAAGCACAUGCCGGCACAAGGACUUUUCUGCGAGAGGAAUAAGACCAAUCUGUUCAACGGCAUCUGGCGUAUUCCAGUAGAUGAGAUCGAUCGUCCUGGGAGUUUUGCAUCUCAUAUGAACAGAUCCAUCGUGCUCUUGCUGGAUGUUCUGUCUCAACUGAAAGAUCACCACACUUUACUUAAAAUCUCCCUCAUGCUUCAGAGAACCCCUGAUCAGGGAAAGAAGUACUUGCGAGAUGUGGACCGACAAGUUUUGGCCAAGCGAGCAUUUUUCUUCACUGUAAAAGUGCUGGAAGACAAUCUGGAUAAACUCACAGGGGUAAGUGUUCCCCUUAAACCGUCUGCCACCUCUAUGGGUGAAAUGACCACUGUGGAUGUGUCCAACCAGCCUCCUGCUGUGGAAGACCCCAAACGCUCCCACACCACCCAGCCUAAAGCAGGACUCCCCGACACCCCUAAGGACUCAGGAAGUGAGACCGGACCUCCUGGUAUGCCUCAGCAAUGUUCAGCCACUCUUCAGCUCUCCCUGGAGCCUUUAAAUCAGGCGACAGUGUGCGCCGUUCACCCCAGAGAAGGUACUUCAGGACUUAUAGAGCCUAUGGAGCUUGGCCCGGGAUCAUGGCCAGGUGCCUCAAUAUUCAAAGACCCUCAAACACCUGUUGAAACUGGACCACAGGAGCAGGGGGUGGUUAAAUCGGCGGCAGAGGAGGCCGAUAAGGUCCCAGAGAGCAGUCGGGAGUCGGAGCUGUCACUGGAGGAGUUAAGCAUUAGCUCAAAACAGCAGCAGCUACAGAAUCAGGUGAACGCAGCUAAAGGAGCACUUAGUAUGGUCACAACGCCAACAGCCAGCAACCCCACACCUCUAGCCAGUACCCCUGAGGUGGCACUACAGCAGAGACCCAGCAGGAAGAGGAAACUGUUGGAUGACGUGGAGUCGGGCAAGACGCUGCUUUUGGAUGCGUACAGGGUGUGGCAGCAAGGUCAGAAGGGCAUGACCUAUGACCUGCGGCGCAUCGAGAAGAUCAUGUCCGAGACCUACAUGCUGAUCAAGCAGGUGGAUGAGGACGUAGCAUUGGAUCAAGCUGUUAAGUUCUGCCAGAUUCAGAUGGCGACGUCAGCACAAAGACAGAGCUCCAGUGAUGCACCCAGCACUCCCAAGUUUAGUAAAGACCAGCGAGACAUCUUCUUCCCAGCAUCGUUCUCCACGCCGUGCCUCCACACGCAAACGUACCCAGCACCAACGCAGGACGGGGAGGCCAAGCUGAGCAAGACCCCUCGACCGCUUCUCAUACAGCCGCAGACACACAGCACUCCAACACAGAUCUACUGCCAACCCGACCAAUCACAACAGCGAAAAACACCUAGCCAGCCAAUAGCAAGCAUGGCCUUCUUGCCUCACACAGAGGACAGAGAGGAGCCGGUUACUGAGGGUCUGCUGUACCACCAGCAGGAGUCCCAUCUGUGCCAGCAGAUGAAGAUGACCACCGUCUCUCAGAUUCACAGUCACGAGCCCCCAUCCUGUUCAACACAAACCAGCACAGAAAGUGACCAGUCAAAGCAGGGAGAUGCAAAUCGCAUCCGGUCCAGAAUUCCUCCCAACAUGCCCAAACUGGUGAUCCCCUCCACAGUCAUUAAAUUCCCCCCAGAGAUAACAGUCACGCCCCCCACACCCACCCUGCUCUCCCCGAAGGGUAGCAUCUCCGAGGAGACCAAACAGAAACUCAAGAAUGUGAUCCUCUCCUCUCAGUCGGCAGCUAACGUGAAGAAAGACACUCUCGCUCAGCCCGCUUUAGAAGUGCAAGAGACAUCGAGUCAGGAGUCCUCUCUUGAAAGCGAGUCGGAUGAGGAAGACGACUACAUGGACAUUUGAACUGUCAAGGUUUGAGCCGCACUGCUGCAGAACUCUCAAGCUGAGCUCGGAAGCAAAAUCUCCUUUUUUUUAAGUGUGUAGCUGCAACUAAUCGUUGACAACUAAUGAGUUUGUCUUCGUUUGUUUUUCUAUAGCGCGAUUUCUCCGCUAUAUGCACGUUUUUCAGCGAAAGGGCUUUUUCCUACCCUGGCACUCGUGUCCUGUUGGUUUUGCUCCUCUGCUGCUAAGCAUGGACUGGGUUUUUAUGUCGUUCUGCUGUUUUUUGGUUGUUGUUGUGUACAAUCUUGCAAAGUGCCAUUUUUACUCCAGCAGCUACGAAAAUGAUGCUCACAGCUGAACCACAGUGGAAUCAUGCAAAGUCAGUACAAAAUCAUUUCUUAAAGGAUGGAUUAUGUAAUAUUGACAGUUUGUGUAAUGCAAUUUACUCACUCAGAGUUUCCUGGGCAUUAAAUCCAUCACGACGUUGUUUACAGAUUUAAGAGGAAGUCAAUUGCGCUUGACGUUUGGU